AGGAAGUGGUGAAAAAAAAAAAAGGCAGACAGCAGGCUCAUGAAAAUAAGGAAGUAAACGCUGUCGGAUCGAAAGCUGUGGAGCCCCUUGUUUAUUUCUGCUGUAAAGUGAAAGUAGCUCAGUCCGACAGCUCAGUAAUAGAAUCCAAAGCACAGCAGCUGUGCAAAGGUAUUUAGUCGUCAAGCUAAUUCCUCCACUGACUUCACUAUUGUCUCAAAACAAGCCCUAGACAGAAAACAGAGAGGGGGGAGGAAGGAUUCACUCCCUCACAGAGUGAGGUGAAAAGAAAGGUUGAGAGGGCAUAAAGAGAACAAAACAUGUAAAGGUCAGGGCCGGAUGACAUGCAUGCAGAGAGGGAGAAUUAUUAUCAGCCACCAUGGACCACAAAGGGGAACCCCAGGAAGGAGCUAUGGGGCUGAAACACGAGGAGUUGCCGCAGAUGGACGGGUCAUGUGAUGCGUGCGAGCCUGACGAGGCCCACCCGGCUACACAAGUGUGCAGAACCUGCAGCUUUGCCUUCUGCCUUGUCCACGCUGGCAGACACGCCAGCAGCACACAUCAUCCCAUAACGCCUUACAACCACGAGGAGACACAAGCUAAUGGACAUGGCGCCGACAGAGACUGCAGAGUCGGAGAUGGAGCUGAGGAUGAGGCUGGGAUGGACUUGAAUCAGGAGAUGGCGCUACUCGGAGUUGCAGGGGCUAAUGGCAAUGAGUGUGGUGAUGCUGGGGAAGGAGCCCAGAAUGGCCUGCAGCUGGAGGCAGAGCUAGGUGAUGGAGCUGAGGGUGCAGAAGCAGGGCAGGAGGCUGGGAAGAGGGACACGGUGACGGUGGAGAGACUGCGCUGCAAGGAACAUGGACAGGAAGGCUCCCUGUACUGUAAACCAGAUGAGAAGAUCAUCUGUGUGGUGUGUGCCGUGCAGGGUGAGCACCGUGAUCAUGAGAUCAUCACCUUACAUGAAGCCUACGUGUGGCAGAAGAGCAGGCAAGGUUAUGACCUGCUGGGCUGUACACAACAGAUGUCUGAGAAGAUCAAGACCAAGUGGACCAACCCUGAGAUGUCGACAGAGGAGCUGGAGGCCUAUGUGAACACGCAGUUUGAUGAGCUCCGCAGACUGGUGCGUCUGGAGGAGAAGAGGACCCUUCACCUGGUCGACCUCAAAGAGGCGUUCCUGACGGCGUCCGCUGCUGAGAAAAUCGCAGAGAUCUCCGUCCAGACCGAGCGCCUGCAGGAAGAGAUGGCCAACAUCACACACCAGCUGUGCCUGCUGGAACAGGCCGAAGCGUUAGGUCCUGCGAUGGCAGCCGCGGCCCUCGUAGCAGUACCAGCCCAAAGAGCGCAGCGCGACAUUGACGCCAGGCCAAGGCUACCAGAGCCAAGGGCAGACCCCAUGAACCCACGAGACCUCGACGACAAUGAUUCUGGACCAUCCAUGGACCACGCCCCCUGAUACCAGCACACCAGACUCCUACUACAUCCACCUGUCCUUCAAUGUCUGCUUCAGCCAGCCGUCAGCCCUGUUGAGCUGUCAGACUGGCCCUCUCUCUCUCUCUCUCUGUCAGCCAUCUCCCCUCCUCCUCUUCCUCCUCCUCCUCCCGGUGCCUGCUGGCAGUGAGCUGACCUUGAAGAGCGCUGCUGCGACAAAUAUGGAUGGCCACGUCUUUUCUGCUCUCAAACUUCUUCUUUCUUUUUUUUUUUAAUUCCUCGCUAGCUACUAACUUUCUUUAAUUGAAGCACACAAGUUAUAUGCAAUCAAUUACCAUCAGGCUCAAUUUCCACAGCCAGUCAGAUCCUUGGCUUACUGGCGAGCCUGGCCGACUCGGAGAGGAGUCUGAGUAAGCAGCCGAGCGGAGCAUCUGUUAAGCCCCGACAGAUGUCAGAAACGUGGGUAUCGUGUGACGCCGGUGCGCUUCACACUUCAUUUAUGCACAGUAUCAUUCUGUUUCGUUUCGACAAACAUUCUGGACAACUUUUUGUCAGAUGCCACAAUGCCUUACGUCAUCCAGAGAAUAUAUUAUAAAGGUGUUCUGGGUGUCUUAUUUUGAUUGUAAAAAAAGAAAGUGUCUCUAGCUUUUCUAUAAUGUUGUCUAUCAUCAUGUUGCCUUCACCCCUCCUUUCCCUACUGUACAACCUCUGCCCUACCCGCUGAUUCUUUAUGCUUGUAGAUUUUGCGCGUACUUCCUUGUGUGCUUGUCAGAUCUAUUAUCCGAAGCGGGGGACAUUUUGACACCGAUCGAUCGGCGAAUGUUGCUGAGUCUUUGUUAGAUGAAAAUCGAACUGUAAUUUGACUGUGCAAAACAGCACUCCGGCAGUAUCAGCUCUCUACGCACCGAAAUGUAAAGGCUCAUUACUCCUGGCCAAUCUGCAGCAUAUGACGGAUUGCGAUCCAGGCGAGUGUGCGCACUUUCUACCUUGACCCGCUCAGCCAUGGCCUUCAUUCACGAUGUACCGCCGCAGGUCCGUCUGUGUCAGCAGUUUGUUUUUAAUGUGAUUGAUUCUGUUGCCUUACUGUACAUUUAAAAAUUGAAAGCGGUGUCACCCGUAAUAUGUGGGAAAUGUUUAACAAUGACAUGACUCCACUGUGCUGUAGCGCUGCACUAAGAUGAACUGAGAGUCGUAUACCCACCCAAGGGAGAUGUCGGUGUGUCAACAGCCUAUUGAAAUAACUCUGUCUUUAUUCUAGUGUAACAACAGACAUAAGUCUGACUCUCUGAUGUUUCCUCUUGUUUUUAUUUGUCUAUUUUUGUCUUACAGUAAAUCUAUAAAUAAACAACCAGUUUUUUAGAUUGGA